UUCUCAAGUUAUGAGGAUGUGAGAACAAGUGUUUCAUCAGAUCAAAUCAUCAGGACUGACGAGGGAGAAUAAGCAGCUUCUUCUCUCCCAGUGUUUCCUCGAUACAGGAAGGUGGCAAGUGUGCGAAGUAGAUCUGAAGUCAGUUCAGCAGACUCAGGUUGCGAGAAUAUGACAGUAUCCUCAAAUUAAAUGCACACGGACCGCAAGAUUUACGAGGGAGAAUAAGCAGCUUCUUCUCUCCAAAUGUUUCCUGGACACACAAAGGUGGAAAGUGUCUGAAGUUGAUCUGAAAUGAGUUCAGCAGGUGUGUCUCUGCUAUGAAUCAGUGUGAGGACAGAGAGGAGGGAGUUCCUCCCUCUGAAACCACUCUGUGUGGGGAACAUGAGAACCAGACCAAAGCUCAGAGAACAAAGCAGCAGAACAGACCAGGUUCUCCUGUUCCCAGCUGUGUGUCCAUGAAGAGUGAUUGGUCUAUGAUUGAGCCCAUUAACUUAAAAGAUGGACACAAGUCUGUUCAUGGAGGGAUGAAUCAGCAGAGACCAGCCUCUCCUGUUCCCAGCUGUGUGUCCAUGAAGGGUGAUUGGUCUAUGAUUGAACCCAUUAACUUCAAAGAUGGACACAAGUCUGUACAUGGAGGCUGUGAGGAAGGGCUUCUGGAUUCUCUGAAUCAGCAAAGACCAGCCUCUCCGGAACCCAGCUGUGUGUCCAUGAAGAGCGAUCGGUCUAUAGUUCAUCCCAUUCAGUUCAAACAUGGACACCAGUCUGUUGACAAAAGCGUUAACCAGCAGAGUUCAGAGGAUCUCAGAGGUCAGUCUGUCCCUCAGCAUCAAACAGAUCUGGACUCCAUAUUAAUGCUGCUGGAGGAGAACAUUAUCAGUUUUGUGAAGAAUGAGAUGAAGAAGAUUCAGAAGGUUUUGAGUCCAGAUUACCCAGAAUGCUUAGAGAGUCAGAGGGAGGAGGAGGAGUUGGAGGGUGAGGAUGAAGAGCAGAGGAGGAGCAGCAGAGAGUCAUUUCUGAAGAUCACACUACACUUCCUGAGGAGAAUGAAUCAGGAGGAGCUGGCUGACUGUCUGCAGAGCAGAACCAUUAUUCUGAUGUGUCGACAACAACUCAAGUCCAACCUGAAGAAAAAGUUCCAGUGUGUGUUUGAGGGGAUCGCUAAAGCAGGAAACCCAACCCUUCUGAAUCAGAUCUACACAGAGCUCUACAUCACAGAGGGAGGGACUGCAGAGGUCAAUGAUGAACAUGAGGUCAGACAGAUUGAAACAACAUCCAGGAAACCAGACAGAGCAGAAACAACCAUCAGACAAGAAGACAUCUUUAAAGGCUCACCUGGAAGAGAUGAACCAAUCAGAACAGUGAUGACAAAGGGAGUGGCUGGCAUUGGGAAAACUGUCUUAACACAGAAGUUCACUCUGGACUGGGCUGAAGACAAAACCAACCAGGACAUCUACUUCACAUUUCCAUUUACUUUCAGAGAGCUGAAUGUGCUGAAAGAGAAAAAGUACAGUUUGGUGGAACUUGUUCAUCACUUCUUUACUGAAACCAAAGAAGCAGGAAUCUGCAACUUUCAACACUUCCAGGUUGUGUUCAUCUUUGAUGGUCUGGAUGAGUGUCGACUUCCUCUGGACUUCCACAACAAUGAGAUCCUGACUGAUGUUACAGAGUCCACCUCAGUGGAUGUGCUGCUGACAAACCUCAUCAGGGGGAAACUGCUUCCUUCUGCUCGCCUCUGGAUAACCACACGACCUGCAGCAGCCAAUCAGAUCCCUCCUGAGUGUGUUGACAUGGUGACAGAGAUCAGAGGGUUCACCGACCCACAGAAGGAGGAGUACUUCAGGAAGAGAUUCAGAGAUGAGGAGCAGACCAUCAGCAUCAUCUCCCACAUCAAGACAUCACGAAGCCUCCACAUCAUGUGCCACAUCCCAGUCUUCUGCUGGAUCACUGCUACAGUUCUGGAGGAGCUGUUGAAAACCAGAGAGGGAGGAGAUCUGCCCAAGACCCUGACUGAGAUGUUCAUCCACUUCCUGGUGGUUCAGACCAAAGUGAAGAAGGUCAAGUAUGAUGGAGGAUCUGAGACAGAUCCACACUGGAGUCCAGAGAGCAGGAAGAUGAUUGAGUCUCUGGGAAAACUGGCUUUUGAGCAGCUGCAGAAAGGAAACCUGAUCUUCUAUGAAUCAGACCUGACAGAGUGUGGCAUCAAUAUCAGAGAGGCCUCAGUGUAUUCAGGAGUGUUCACACAAAUCUUCAAAGAGGAGAGAGGACUUUACCAGGACAAGGUGUUCUGCUUCAUCCAUCUGAGUGUUCAGGAGUUUCUGGCUGCUCUUCAUGUCCAUCAGACGUUCAUCAAUUCUGGUGUCAACUUGAUGGAAGAACAGACAACAUAUUUGUUGUCUAUCAUCAGUGGAAACAAACCUACUCUGAAACACCUCUACCAGACAGCUGUGGACCAGGCCUUGCAGAGUCCAAAUGGACACCUGGACUUGUUCCUGCGUUUCCUCCUGGGUCUUUCACUGCAGACCAAUCAGAAUCUCCUACGAGGCCUGCUGACACAGACAGGAAGUAGCUCACAGACUAAUCAGAAAACAGCCGAGUACAUCAAGAAGAAGCUUAAUGAGAAUCUGUCUACAGAGAGAAGCAUCAAUCUGUUCCACUGUCUGAAUGAACUGAAUGAUCGUUCUCUAGUGGAGGAGAUCCAACAGUCCCUGAGAUCAGGACGUCUGUCCACAGAUAAACUGUCUCCUGCUCAGUGGUCAGCUCUGGUCUUCAUCUUACUGUCAUCAGAAGAACAUCUGGACGUGUUUGACCUGAAGAAAUACUCUGCUUCAGAGGAGGCUCUUCUGAGGAUGCUGCCAGUGAUCAAAGCCUCUAAUAAAGCUGUGCUGAGCAGCUGUAACCUCUCAGAGAGAAGCUGUGAAGUUCUGUCCUCAGUUCUCAGCUCUCAGUCCUCUAGUCUGAGAGAUCUGGACCUGAGUAACAACGACCUGCAGGAUUCAGGAGUGAAGCUGCUUUCUGCUGGACUGAAGAGUCCACACUGUGAACUGGAAUCUCUCAGUCUGUCAGGUUGUCUGGUCACAGAAGAAGGUUGUUCUACUCUGGUCUCAGCUCUGAGCUUCAAUCCCUCCCAUCUGAGAGAGUUGGAUCUGAGCUACAAUCAUCCAGGAGACUCAGGAGUGAAGCUGCUUUCUGCUGCAGUGGAGGAUCCACAUUGGAGACUAGACACUGUCAGUGUGGAUCAUUGUGGAGAGCAGAGAUUAAAACCUGGUCUGAGGAAGUAUUUCUGUGAACUUGAACUGGACACAAACACAGUAAACAGAAACCUCAAACUGUCCGACGACAACAGGAGGGUGACAGCGGUGAAAGAAAAGCAGCCAUAUCCUGAUCAUCCAGACAGAUUUGAAUACUGGCAGCUGCAGUGUAGAAAUGGUCUGACUGGUCGCUGUUACUGGGAGGUGGAGUGGAGCGGAGAGGUGCAUGUAUCAGUGAGUUACAGAGGAAUCAGAAGGAGAGGACUCAGUGAUGAGUGCUGGUUCGGAGGGAAUGAUCAGUCCUGGAGUCUGAGCUGCUCUGAUGAUGGUUACUCUAUUUGGCACAAUAACAGGGAAACAUUCAUUCCUCUUCCCAUCUCUAACAGAGUAGCAGUGUAUGUGGACUGUCCUGCUGGCAUUCUGUCCUUCUACAGAGUCUCCUCUGACUCUCUGAUCCACCUCCACACCUUCAACACCACAUUCACUGAACCUCUGUAUCCUGGAUUCUGGUUAUGGUCAUUUGAUUCCUCAGUGUCUCUGUGUUCUCUGUAGGAGAGAGAGUGCUUGGAAGUGACAUCAGCUUCAUCUUUGUGGUUUAAAUGUUGAUAGUGGAUGAUGUUUCACUUGUGAAUCAUUGAUUUUGAUCUCAUGUGAAAGCAUGUGUUGUCUUAGAAGCAGUGAAGUGAUCUCCUUCCAACAAGUCUUGAUAAUGACUGAGCAUCCAAUCGAUGUUUCUGGUUCCAGUGAAGCUGUUUAACUUUAACACUGUCCAUAUUUUUUCAGUGUUCAUCAGUUUCAGUUGGAAAAUAAAAUGUUCUAUAUGUGUUUAA